AUGGAGAGCGGUGAUUCUAUUCUUCUACAACCGAUUCGACAUUUAACUUCAGUGAAAGAUGGUGAAAAUCCAAAAUCACAGAGUACAAGUGUUGAACGCUUGUCGAAAUCUUCGCGUCCAAUACUUCCGAACAGUUCAACACUCAUAAUAAAUCUUCCUGACAACUCUACAACGGGGAUAGAUCGUUCACCAAAUGUUGUGCAAAACUUUUUAUCAGAAAUAACCCCAAAAAAUCAAACCCUUACUUGGCAAAAUGUUGUUCGUAAUAUGUCCUAUAUAAUUUCUUGGUAUUUUUUUUCUACAGCUUUAUCAUUUUAUAAUAAGGCUUUAGUUGGAAAAGAUAAAUUCGAUUUAGAUAUACCCUUAUUUGUGAGCGCAAUGCACACUGGAUCACAUUUUUUGAUAACAUCAAUAUUAAGGAGUGGAAGUUUUUCAUGUAUAUAUAAGAAACCGGAAGGAAAAUCUGUCUCAAUAAACAGUUAUUUUGUGAAAGUAGUUCCUUGCGCUAUUGCCGCUGCACUUGAAAUAUGUAUGGCUAAUGCAUCACUUAUGUAUAUUACCUUGAGUUUCUAUACCAUGGUGAAAUCUUCGACACCCAUAUGGGUACUCAUUUUUGCUUUCAUGUUUGGAUUAGAGAAUCCCCGUGUUCUUCUAGUUGCUAUAAUAUCUGUUAUAAGUAUUGGAGUGAUUAUGACAGUAUUUGGAGAAACAGCACUUAAUAUUACAGGUUUUUUGUUAGUAUUAGGUGCUGCAAUUUUUAGUGGUUUACGUUGGUCUCUAACUCAGAUACUCCUUCAACAAGAGGAAAGCAUGAAUCAUCCAAUUUCUACUCUUUAUUAUAUAUCUCCAGUAAUGUUUGUUGCAAUGGUGACUCUUUCCUUAAUUUUUGAAAGGCCAUUUGAAGAAUUUGGUUAUUCAAAGCAUUUUAAGAAUUUUGAAACUAUCAUUCAAACAUUUGGAUUAAUGUUACUUGGUGGAAUUUUAGCAUUUUGUAUGACAAUUUCAGAAUUCGCUUUAAUCAAAAACACUAGUACGGUGACAUUAUCUGUUGCUGGAAUAAGCAAAGAAGUUGUUGUAAUUAUGUUAUCGGUUCUCAUAUAUCAAGAUAAAUUGACUCCCCUGAAUAUCUUAGGACUUGUUGUUUCCAUAGUUGGUAUUGCUGGUUAUAAUUAUUACAGAAUGAACAAGAAUAGUCAGGAUAAUAAGGGCCAUGUUCAAGAAUUAAACGAUUAUGCAAAAACGAAAUUGAUGGCAAACGAAGAUCUCGAUAGACCAACAGCUAAAGAGGCAUUAAGGUGGCUUUGGGAUAAUUAUAGAGAUAUUCUCAGAAAGGAGCUUUUAGAAGAAGUUACAAUGAAGGAAUCAUAA